AUGGCGGUGGAGGGGAAGAAAAUGGCAAAGACUGUGGUGGAGGUUGAUGCACCUACAUUGAAUUUAACGCGACCCUCCGUUGCAAGAUUCUAUGUAGAGGUUGAUUUGAUGAAGAAAUUGCCUAAGUCAGUGAAGAUUGGAAAAAGAGGUAAGAAGCACGAAAAUCUCUUUACCUAUGAGCAUGUUCCGUCGUAUUGUUCAAAGUGUUGCAAGAUCGGUCAUAGGGCUGAGGAUUGCAAGAAAGAUUUGGCAAAGAAUUUGGUGGAGUCGAAGUCCAAAGCUGAUCUGAAAGCAGCCCCACAAAAAACGAUUUUGAAACAAACUCGAAACCCUAAUUUGGAUUUGCAUUCAGCGGGCAUGAGUACAACAUCCUCUUUAGAGCUCUUGGAGAAGGAUAAAGUGGUUAUUCCGGUGGAUAUUCAAGAUUUCCCACUGAAAAACCAAACUGAAAAGUCACAGCAGGUUGUGCCUGAGUCGCAGGUUGUAUCGUUAGUUGCGACUGAACCAGCACUGGUUGUGACUGAUAAACCGGUGCCGGCUGAUCUUCCAUCGACGGGGAACGCAAUAGCUGCGACUUACGUGGUGGCUGAUGCCGUGACUUUGAUAACUAAUGAUGUGCUCCUAGAAUCUAAUUUGACUGGGAAUCGGUUUGCCUUACUGGAACAUCAUGACGAAGAGGAAAAGGAGGUUGUUUUCCAAGAAGAUCCUCAUCUGUCAGUGGAGCGAAUGCGGGUGACAUUGCCAGAAAUUGAGACUGCGCAAUCUGGAAACCUUAAUGCUGCAGAAUUGGAAAAGGAGUUCGACGCAAUUCCAUCUAUGAUUUCCAAUGAUGUUAAUGUUGGGAAGCGUACGGAAGAAAUGUUGCUGGUUGACGAUGAUCAUUCUAGUUGGUCUGAAGGUGAUGCUGAGGACAUUGAUCCUAGUACACAAGAGACAGCGCAAGGGGUAGUCUCUCCUAGGAAGAAGCAAGGUCGCAAGUCGAAGGCUGAGAAGGCAGUAUCCUUGGAUGGAAUAAUUCUGCGGAGAAACAAGCAAGAUAUGGAUGUUUUGUCAGAAUACUUUCUCGAUUUCAUUGAAGGGAACGAUCAAGUUUCACACUUUGAGGCAACACAUGGUUUGGUCCCCACCAAAUUUUAUUUUUCAGUUGUUUAUGCCAAGUCUAGCAGAUUGGGAAGACAUGGAUUAUGGCUGAGUAUGGUUGAUUUUAGACAGAGAAACUUGUGGUUGAUGGAAAUGUUACCUAUUGGAGAAGAGUUUACAUGGGCAGGUACGAGGAGUACUGGAUGGGCACCUGGUCAAAAGGUUAACCGGCAGAAAAGUGCUUUUAUGGUUUCUCAAAAUUGCAGCCCAAGAAGAAUUGGUAUCAUUAAUCGAACAUUGGUGAUUCAGAGGGGCUCAAUGCCUUUUACCUAUCUAGGUUGUCGGUUGUAUCAAGGCAGGUGCAAAGCUUCUACAUUCCAGUUUCUUUUGGAUAGUAUGGAUGCUAAACUUUUGAGUUGGAAGAAUAAGUUGCUAAGUCCGGGUGGUCGUCUUAUUAUACUAAGACAUGUUUUGUCAGCACUUCCAAUUCAUGUCUUCUCAGCUAUUCCUCCACCAAAAUCAGUCCUAAGGGAGAUGGAAAAGAAAUGUCAACGGUUCUUGUGGAGUGGAACGAGUGAAACAGCUAGGAGGCAUUGGAGGUCUUGGGAAAGCUUAAGCAAAAAUGCGGUCCAUGGGGGAAAUUCAUAUCAUCCCUUUCAAAUGAUGCAAAAAGAAAAAGUUCUUGGCGUCGUAUUUCGAAGGUUGAGGCAUGGUAUUCUUUGGGAUGUUGAUAAUGCCCUACCUCUUGAGCCGGAGCUUUCAAUUCAGGCAUUCUUUCACAAUAAACAAUUUUAUUUGCUUGAAUUUCAUAAUGCAAUUUCUGAUCAUAUAAGAUUGUUUCUUGCUAGUUGUGACCUUCAGUUUCAGGAUAAGAAUGAUCUUUUGGUUUGGCAACACAACCCAAAGGGAGAGUUUACAGUCAGAACGGCGUAUGAGGUUAUGAGAAAGAAGAGUCCAAUUGAGGAAUGGACCAAAUAUGUGUGGCUGAAACAGGUUGCAAAUUUGGAGGAACGAGAGUUUUUUGAGAAGAGCUUGGGGCCUGUUUUGUGUAGGAAGGCGCCACCAACUUUGAAGGAAGUAAGAUGGAUUCCUCCUAAUCUAGGUUCUUACAUUGUUAAUUAUGAUGGAUCAUCGGUUUUGAAUGAGGCUGGUUAUGGUUACAUUAUAUGCCGGGAAGGGGGUAUAUUUGUUUAUGGAGAAAGUGGUUAUCUGGGUGGUGGUGAUAGCUUUAUGGCUGAAGUUGCUGGAGCUCUUUUUGGCCUGUGUAAGUCUGAGAUGUUGCAUCUUCAAAAUGUAUGUUUGCAGACUGACAACAAGGUUUUAGCGGAUAUAUUGCGGAGUCAUUCCGGAUUUCCUUGGAAGCACUAUUUAUUGUUACAUGAAAUGUCAUCGAUCAUCCAGAGAAAUGGUUAUCAGGUAUCCCAUGUAUUCAGAGAAGAAAAUGCUAUAGCUGAUAGGUUGGCAAAAAUAGCAUCUUCUGGUGUGUCCGAGAUGUUUUCUACAUUGGCUAUUAUGCCCAGAUAUGUAAAGGGUUUGUUGGUUUUGGACCAACUAUCCUUCCCCUAUGUACGUACUAAAUCUAGGUGA